AUGUUGACGUUCAUGAAUACCCCAGGCUACGCUCCCGAGAAACUCAAGUAUCCCAUCGACCGCUACGUCAACGAGACGCAUCGUCUCUACCGCACUCUGAAUGGCCAGUUGGCUAAGAACGGAACUGGAUAUGUCGUAGGCGAUCGCGUCACCGUCGCUGACAUCGCUAUUUGGCCAUGGGUUGCUGCACACAAUUUCUCCGGUAUUCCCUCGCUUGCUCCAUAUCCCGAGAUCACGAAGUGGUUCAACAAGCUUCUUCAGAGAUCAGGUUUCGAGGCUGGACGUAAUGUCCCACGCCCGCAUUUCCACAUUACACUGAACGAGCUGGGAGAGGAUGAGCUUGAUAAAGUUGCUGAACAUGGGAGGAAGUGGCAGGAAGAGGCGAGGGAUAAAGAGGCUGCUCUGCGAGGAGAAUAG